AAUUUUUUGCUUAAACAACUAAUAACAAUAUUGUUGACUAUAACAUUGUUUUCUCGCAAAAAAGAGCACAUUGAUUUACAAAUUUUAUCUAUAUAUCUGUUUUGAUGUAAGCUUGAUGUAAAAUUGUUAGAAAAGUUAAAAACAUGGACAAAUCAAUUGAUAACUUGAGCAACGCUGAAAGCGAAAUGACUUCGGCUACAGAUGACGAAUUGCAAAUUAUCAGCUCACGAGCGGCCGAAAUUCAACGACAGUUCAGAAGCGAACUCAAAUCACUAGACGAGAAACGAAAACACUCGCGGCGAAAGCCGAAACAAACCGAUGAGUUAAAUUCGUCAACUUCUUCAAUUUCAGAAAGCUCGUCUCGGCUGUUUCCUAAAAUGGAUAUCAUCCAAUCAGAUCUGAAUAGUUUGAACCAACUUCUAGCCAAUCGGAUUCAAGAAACAACGGCUGAAAGAGUAUCAUUCGCACGACCAAAGUCAGCUCUAAGCCAAUCAUAUCAUAGCAAAUACGAUCAAGUCAUAGAAAAUGAGGACAACGAGACAAUGACUGCUUUAGACGACGCGAUUCAGAAAUCUCUAGAACGAAUUAAGCGAAACAUGCGAAUCAAAGGUGACGAUGAUUUCACUGAAAGUUCGUCUACAAUUCUGGACAGAACAAAAACUCCAGUAAAUGAAAUUCUAAAACAACCAGCUGCUAACCAAGGUCAAGUGUCCAAUAAUAUAGGAGAUCAAAAUACUCAAAAUUUGACUUCGGAUCAAUUUGUGAGCGCUAUCAGAAAGGAAAAAGCUGAAUUUACUGAUAAUUUGGAACACGAAAACUUCAAACGAAGAGUGAAUUUGCUGAAAUAUGAAUUGGAAGCUGAACAAAAGUCUUCAAGUGCUAAAAUAACAGUUCUAAGCGAAGAGCUUAAAACCAACAAAGGUCUUCUUGAUCAGUCUUCACGAAAGAUAUAUGAGCUCGAGCAAGAAUUAUCGGCUCUUAAUGAGCGUUUGGAAGUCGAAAUUGGGAAAAAUUUUGAGCUGAAUCAAACUCUCAAAAACAAAGUAGGGUACUUAGUCAACGAAAUUGAUAACUUCAAAGUAUUCGAACGAGAUGUCGAGAAAAAGUUGGAAGAAAAAUCAAAGAAAAUUGACGAAUUGAACGAGGAAAAUCGUCAAAAACACGAAGAAAACGAAAGCUUGAAGGAAGCGUAUGCUAAACAACUUUCGAGUUUGAAAGACGACUUAGCUGCUGCGAGGUCGAAAUUUGAACGAAACGUGAACAAUUUAUCCGAACAAAACCGAGUCGAGCGGGAAAAUUUAAUUGCAAACCUGAACAAGCGACACGACACGACUAUCAAACUUUUACGUAACAAAAUGGAAGACGAGAAAGAAAUUCUCGAUGACGAGAUUAAAAAUCUAAAAAUGAAAUUGAAAGAACGAGACCAAGAACACGACAGUGAGUUACGUAAGCAGAAAAACGACUUCGACGACAAAAUUGAAGCUCGGUUAACUCACGAGCGAUCUUUAACCGACUCGGAAAAAGAAGAAGCCUUGCGCCGACAGCAAAUGAAAUACGAAGCCGAGUUGGAUUCGCUUCGCAAACGACUGAAUGACGACAUAGACGCCGAAAAACGACGAGGCAUGGAGUCGGAUCGGAUCGCGGAGUCGUUGAGAGCCGAGUUGGCUUCGGCUAAGGAGGACAUCGCCAACCUGCAACGGGAGUCUGUGGAAGCCAUUAAGGAAACGCAGCGUGCGUGUGAGGCUGCGAGUGACAUGAAGAUAUCCCAGCUGAAGGAGGAGUGGGACGAGGAGAGGGUGGGGGAGGGGGAGAGAGUGAGGGGGGAGAUGCAGGGGGUGAUCAAGGACAAACAGACAGCCGAUCUGGAUGUGGAAAGACUCACUAAUAAGGUGGCCGAGUUGGAGUCGAACAAGAUGCGUGAACAGAAGAGAGUGUUGGGCCGGAUCAACAAAGCCAUCUUCGACAUCUCAGCCAGCAUCGGCAUCCAGCCCAGACAAGUAUUCCUAGGAGCAGGAGUUGGGGGAGACAUGAGUACCAGUCAACAGGGCAAUGACAGCACCAGUAUCCUCGGGGGAGGGGGAGCAAUGAGUUAUGAUCUGCUCGUAAAGAGCGGACUUGACAACUUGAGCGCGACUGCGGUCGAGGUGGUGAAACACAGUAAGGACCACGAGUACAAAUUGCAGCAGAUCAGAGAACAACUAGCCAGUUAUCAGGCACAGAGAGACAUGGAGGUGGCAGACACUAAGAACCACCUGGAAAAGGAGACUGAUCGCAUGAUUGAGUUUGCGAAAGAGAGACUGUACCAGAAGUACAUCAGAGAUCUGGAUGAGUUGCGAAAUGAAAUCAGAAGAGACAAUGACAUCGAGAGUGCACUGAGGAAGACUGUGGACAGACAGCACACUGCCCUAAAGAGCAUGAUGCACGCAGGCGCGCACAAACGAAAGCCGAUUGGCUCGUCUUUAGAGGGCGACGAAAGUACAGACACAGUGGAGAGAAACAGACGAAACAUAAGGAGGCUGCACAGUUUGAACACGAAAAUAACUGACAUGGCACAGCACUGAAAGUUGCACUUCAGCUUAAACGAAAAAAGAAGAGAAUGAAUGAUUUCAAUAUUGAGUUAUAAGAAUCAAAUCAUUCACGUUGAAUGUUCAUUAAUAAUUUCGUACUUUAAAAUGCAUACUCACCAAAUUAAGUACAAACUCAAUAGUUAAUUAAUGCUUUUUAAAUCAAAAGUGAAACCCUU